CUUCAACUGAUGAUCUGUAUGUCUUUUCUAGGCGUUUUAGGCAGAAAUGAAGUUCUUGUUCUACAGCAUAAAUUUUAUCAGUCUUUAAAAAGAUCCCAUAACUUCUGUAAGACUGUGCUAAUACUGCCAUCAUAAGGGCUCAUCUAGCAGUGGUUAUCUACUUUGAUGAUUAUUCAGAUGCUACUUUGUGAUAUCCUGUUUAUUUUUAUCUUAAACCGUUAUAUAAAUGUAUAAUUGGUAUUCAGAGUUUUAUCUAUAUGUGUCUCAAUUUUUUUGUUAAAUUUGAGGUGCAAAAGCUAUAAAAUUUGUAUAAAUUUUAUAGCUUUUUCUACCCAAUAUCUUAAAGAUUAUAGGCAUUCAGUAGUAUCUCCUAAUUUGGUUUGAACUUUGAAAAUUGUCUUCAGAGCAUUUCUCAGCAAUAUCUUUGGCUGUGGCUGUGAUUUUCCUUUUCUAAAUAAUUACAGUCUCUUUAGUCUUUCCUCAGAGGUCAUGUUCUGUCUCUUUGGUCUUGCACGUUGGCAAACUUUUUCUGUGAAAGACCAGAUGGUAAAUAUUUUAGGCUUUGCGGACCACAUGGUCUCUGUCUUGACUGGUGUUACAGUGUGAAAUGUCUACUGCAGCCAUAGACAGUAAGUGAAUGGGUGGGGCUGUGUUCCAGUAAAACUAUUUACAAGAAAACAAGAGGGACUGGAUUUGGCUCCCGGGCUGUAGUUUGUCAAGCCCUGGUCUUGAAGCUCUUCUCCUGUUCUUCUCUCAGAUUACUCUGUCUUCAUUCAAGAGUACACCGUGGAGGUACAAAAGGACAGAUUUAGCUGGAAGAGGCUCUGUGAAAAUAUUUCAUUAGGAGAUACAUAGCAACGCUGCAAAUCUGAGAAAGAUGGCUCCAAUGGCUUGGUCAAAGAAAACCUUUUGAGUGGUUACAGCCUGUGACAUGGCAGGUGCAGCCAUGUAUGAACUGGUGAGAGUGGGCCACAGCGAGUUGGUUGGAGAGAUCAUUCGACUGGAAGGUGACAUGGCUACUAUCCAGGUGUAUGAAGAAACUUCUGGUGUGUCUGUUGGAGAUCCUGUACUCCGCACUGGUAAACCCCUCUCUGUAGAGCUUGGUCCUGGCAUCAUGGGAGCCAUCUUUGAUGGGAUUCAGAGACCUUUGUCAGAUAUCAGCAGUCAGACCCAAAGCAUCUACAUACCCAGAGGAGUCAAUGUGUCUGCUCUCAGCAGAGACAUCAAAUGGGAUUUUACACCUUGGAAAAACCUGCGGGUUGGUAGUCAUAUCACUGGUGGGGAUAUUUAUGGAAUUGUCAAUGAGAACUCACUCAUCAAACACAAAAUCAUGUUACCCCCACGAAACAGAGGAACAGUAACUUACAUCGCUCCACCUGGGAACUACGAUACCUCUGAUGUUGUCUUGGAGCUGGAAUUUGAAGGUGUCAAGGAGAAGUUUAGCAUGGUCCAAGUGUGGCCUGUUCGGCAAGUUCGACCUGUCACUGAGAAGCUGCCAGCCAAUCAUCCUUUGUUGACUGGCCAGAGAGUCCUUGAUGCCCUUUUCCCAUGUGUGCAGGGAGGAACUACUGCUAUCCCUGGGGCUUUUGGCUGUGGAAAGACGGUGAUAUCACAGUCUCUAUCCAAGUAUUCCAACAGUGAUGUAAUCAUCUAUGUAGGAUGUGGUGAAAGAGGAAAUGAGAUGUCUGAAGUCCUUCGGGACUUCCCAGAGCUCACAAUGGAAGUUGACGGUAAGACCGAGUCGAUUAUGAAGAGGACAGCUUUGGUAGCAAAUACCUCCAACAUGCCUGUUGCUGCUCGAGAAGCCUCUAUUUACACUGGAAUCACGCUGUCGGAAUAUUUCCGUGACAUGGGCUAUCAUGUCAGUAUGAUGGCUGACUCUACCUCCAGAUGGGCUGAGGCCCUUAGAGAAAUCUCUGGUCGCUUAGCUGAAAUGCCUGCAGAUAGUGGAUAUCCUGCAUAUCUUGGUGCCCGUCUGGCCUCUUUUUAUGAGCGAGCAGGCAGGGUGAAAUGUCUUGGAAAUCCUGAGAGAGAAGGGAGUGUCAGCAUUGUGGGAGCAGUUUCUCCACCUGGUGGUGAUUUCUCUGAUCCAGUUACAUCUGCUACUCUUGGUAUUGUUCAGGUAUUUUGGGGCUUAGAUAAGAAAUUAGCUCAGCGCAAGCAUUUCCCCUCUGUCAAUUGGCUAAUCAGCUACAGCAAGUACAUGCGUGCCUUGGAUGAGUACUAUGACAAACACUUCACAGAGUUUGUUCCUCUGAGGACCAAAGCUAAGGAGAUUCUGCAGGAAGAAGAAGACCUGGCAGAAAUUGUACAGCUUGUGGGAAAGGCUUCUUUAGCAGAAACAGAUAAAAUCACUCUGGAGGUGGCAAAACUUAUUAAAGAUGACUUCCUACAACAAAAUGGAUAUACUCCUUAUGACAGGUUCUGCCCAUUCUACAAGACAGUAGGAAUGCUGUCCAACAUGAUUGCGUUUUAUGAUAUGGCCCGUAGAGCUGUUGAAACCACUGCCCAGAGUGACAAUAAAGUCACAUGGUCCAUUAUCCGUGAGCACAUGGGGGAGAUCCUCUAUAAACUUUCCUCCAUGAAAUUCAAGGAUCCAGUGAAAGAUGGCGAGACAAAGAUCAAGGGAGACUACGCACAACUUCUUGAAGAUAUGCAGAAUGCAUUCCGUAGCCUUGAAGAUUAGAACUGUGACUUCUUUCCUCCUUGUCUUCAGCAAGCUCAUAUGUAUUUUCCUAAAUUCUCAUCUCAAACCAUUUGCUUCUCUAUAGUGCAGCUUUGAGACUGGUGCCUAUGUGCAUUAUCAUUUGCUUCUCUUUUUAUUUGGUAGGUCUUAUAUAAAACAAACAUUCCUUUGUCUCAGUGUUUGAAAGGCCUCCCUGAUUCUUUAUCUGAAGUGGUGAAUGUAGUAAUUACAUAUACAAUGGCUACACUGCUGUAACCUGUCAUGUAGGGUGACAUAACCAUUUCCUAGGUUUGCCCUUUCCUCAUCUCCAUUAAAUUGUAAACAGGACUACUGCAUGUACUCUAUUUGCAAUGGAUUUAGAAUGGAAGGCUAGCUAGUCUUUGAAAGGACUCAGCGUCUGUAUAGUAAGGUGAUUUGCAGCUUAGCAUUUGCUAAGUAACUGCUUUGUAGGAAGUAUUUCCUUUUUAAAACAUGAAUGAUUAAUAUUCCAAUUACACAUUGAUUUCCCAGUAUGAAUCAGGAAUAUUUUCAGGGAAGUGUUGGGAACUUUACUGUUUUUAAAACACAGUUGUGAGGCCCAGCACAAUUAAUGAAUCAGUACCCCCUAAAAAAAGUGAAAAAGGAGGCAGGCAGCCAAACUUAGUUUAUCAUCAUCUUGUUAAAAUGUGUUUUAUUUCACUAGGAGAAAUUCAGUAUCAAGGACUAUUAUACUACAUUACUAGUAAGUUCUUUUUAAAGUUAAAUUUAAAACAAUCACUGAAAACUUGAUCCAUAUCACACCGUUUUUUAUCCUCAGACAUCUUAGAAGCUUAGGCUUCUGAGAGCCGUGUGACAGUGAUUGACAUUAAAAUGCCACAGAGAAGAUGUUUCAUAGUGGUUAAAGCUGCAUGCACCUUUCCAGGCCAGCUGGUCUGUAGUGAUUCUUGGGGCCAUGGUAGCAUUCUAUUUUCACAAAAUAAUGAGAUGUGUCGUUUGUCGAAUUUUUAACUGACCAGUUUACCAAUUACAGAAAUACCUUGUUUCAUGUACCUUUUCAUUCACUAGCUCAAAAGAUUUUUCAAAGUAUCGGUAGCCACAGCAGCAGAGCAAUUUCCAUUGUGGUUAAUGGUGAUGGAAUGUUCUUGUUAUGAAAACAGGAUCUGUGUCAUGUGAAAAAGAUCAUUUCAUCCUGCCUUUUCGGUAUUUGUUUAAAGAUAAUGGUACCUGUGUGUGUGAUAAGGCACACUGCAGAGCACUUCCCAGGAGCUCUUUCUGACCAAUAGUACUUGUGCACCAUCUCUUCCUCCCUGGGAAGAGGAGAGAGUGUGUGGACGUUGUAACAAUCUCCAAUACCCAAGUGUAAUAGUAUAGAUAGAGAAUUUGAUGCCACAAUAUGUAGUUAUUAAAAUGUUUAGGUAAUACAUUUCUCUUGGCCUAUGAGGGAAAGAUGUAAUCAGUAGAGAAUUCAGCUAUAGUUUCCUUUAAAUCCUUGCGGAUUGCAUGUUCUUACAGUGGCCUGCUAUUCAGGAAAGGUAUUCUUCCAUGAAACUUUUUUUAACCCCUCCAAAUAUUGGCAGAUAAAAAUUAUGCAAUGAUAUGUUGAGAUGUAGACUUAAUGAUGCUGCUUAAUCAGUUUGCUUCUAGGGUGGCUUCUUCCUACCGGAGGCCCUAUGACUGGUGGAAAGUAAAAGGAUUUCAAAAUCUCUAUUCCUACCUUAAACCUACCAGCAUACUAGGAUUGCAAUAGUAAUGAAUGAUAUGAUGAAGAAAGUUUGACCAAGUUUUUUUUUUGUUAUUCUGAGUUUGCAGUGUCCAUUCUUAACUCCUUUUCAGAAUGUUGAAGUGUGAAUGUGAAGAUGCUAGAGAAACUGCUCAGCUAUCCAUUGUAAGUGUCCCUUCACCUCAGUGUUGUAGAAUUUCAGAUUAGGGCACUGAUCAUAUUUCUUUAAUAAGAAUGUGUUACAGUUAAAACAAUCUUUUAAAAAGAUGAUGCAAUUGUAUAUUUAUUGUGCUGUGCCUGGUCCUAAGUGGAGCCAGUUAAACAAGUUUCGUAUGUGUUUUUCCAGGGUUGAAUCUCAUACAUUGUACCCUUUGAAAAUUUGCUUUCAUCCUGAAGAACGAAUAGAAGAGGUCGUAUAUAUUGCCUCCUUAUUCUUGAUAUUUCACUAUCUUUGUGUUAAAAGUUGUGUAUAGUUGUUAAAAUCUAUGAACGAAUAAAAAAACGAUUUAAAUUAACAUUUCCUUCCUUUUUGUGUGUGUGGCAAGGUCUGCUAG